UCCUUUGAGAGCAAUGCAAUGUCCAUCCAACUGUGAAUUCCAAACACCUGUACCGCGCGUGAUCUAGAGUCUGGUGAUUCUCGGAUGCUGACCAACCAAUAAAAUUACAGGACGUUUUUAAACUUUUAUCUGAGAGGCGAGGGCGGUAUCUUCAAGCCGGGUUCUUGCAAUGGCAUCUAUAACUGAUCUCGUUGUGUCCACUGUGUUCUAUCUGACGGAGCUGACCCUCCCCAUCCCUCUUCCCUACAUCAGCUCCAUUUCGCUUUUGUCUUUCUUGCACGCUGUUCAAGUCUCCCAAGCUUAUAGAAAUAUCCUCAAGGAGAACCAUGUCCGUAUUGGUUGGUUCCAGGGUUUGUUCGCUAUCAUAAUGAUGGCUGCUGGUGGUGGUUCUACCGUCUGUCUCUUGAGAGGUGAACCAGUUGGUAUCUUGCGCAACGAUGCUUUUUGGGCGGUUUAUGGUGGAGUCUACUUCCUGACAUUCUCCAACGAGUACUUUUUCUCCCUCCUUAACGCUAUUCCUCAAGCCCUUCUGCAGCCCAUUCUUAUCGUUGCAGAUGGUGUUUUGCGUGGUGUUGCGGUUGCUAAAAUCGGUGUUGAUGGUGUUAGACUGGGUGACAUUGGACCCGGCAAGUAUGUAGCCAUGCUCUUGUGCGGUACCCUUUGCGGUGGAGGAGGUGGUAUUUGGGCAGGUAAGCAAGCGAGAUGUUGAUUGUUAGGUGAUCUAGGUUUCUAGAUAUUCAACUAUUUAUUCCGUUGUAGAUGCAUUCCGUCUUACUCAACACACAUGGUCCUUCUCCACUCCUCGUGUCUUGCUCGCUCCUGGCGUUGAUCUCAAGGCAUCAUUCGUUGUUGCUCUUUUCUACAUGUUGAGUACAUCUGAGGAGCUUUUCCCACAAGGCAUGGAACAU